GUGAAUUCGAGAGACUUGGAUGAACAUGCUUUUUGCACAUAAUUGAAUUUGUUGUAUUUUCUAUCCCCCCUCCGUUCUCUCAGAAUGAAGAUUCCCAAUGCAGCAAGGCUUCAAUAAGCCAGUUUGUUGCUGCCCAAAGCCAAGGAUCUGAAGUCGGUUUAAAGGGAGCAUCCAGCAUCCUCGGCUCUAUCCUUAUAGUUUUUUCCGCACUGAAGAUCCACUUACCUGCAUCAUCUAGAACAUCAGUGUCAAGCUCCUCGUCAGGACAGGUCACUGCUCACGCGGUCUUGUUGAGGUGGUUUGACCUUCAUGAUAUCCUGAAGGCAUCGCUCCCACGCCGACUGAGAGUCUGCAGCCGCUGGAGGAGAAAGGAGACGCAGAAGGUAAACUGGAGCAGGUCAACACCUGAGAAACACACAGGUCCAACCAAAGGAGCGGUCAUAAGGAGGAGGUGUUGUAGCACUUCUACUCCCCUGCAUCCUGUGUGCGCUGGAUUUAUUUAUAAAUCCUCGAGGGGGAGAGGAGGCUGAUAGAUCCCAGAGCAUGAAGCCAAGCUGCUGAGACGGCGCUCACACACACUCCGCUCACCCGGCUGGAUGUGUGUGUCCCUUGCCGGAGUCCAGAGCCGAAAACACCACGGCGGCCUCCCGGAGCCCAGCGGAGAUGCCCACCGAGACGCUGCCGCCAGAUAGCAAGGCGUUGGGCGCUGGUGGUGCCGUGGCCUCGGCUGUACCCCUCCGAAUACUAAACAAAGGUCCCGAAUAUUUCAGACGGACGGCAGAACCCAACCCAAAGCGUCUAAGUGCUGUGGAGCGACUCGAAGCCGACAAAGCUAAGUACGUCAAGAGCCAGGAAGUGAUCAAUGCAAAGCAGGAACCGGUGAAGCCUCAGGUGCUCGCAAAGCGAAGCCCAGGGGUGAGUUCGGCUCUCAAAGCCUCCAAUAAUAACGCCAAAUCGGACACCUGCGCCAGCACGAAACGUGAAAAUCUCAACCUGGAGAUCCUGAAGAACCUGCUCAACAGUUCCUCAUCAGCAGAAGGACCCACUAAAUGCUCAGUGGCGAGGAGCUGGGCGCCAGAAUCCGGGCAUCGCUCCUUUCCCGAGUCCCUGAAUGUCCCGGCUGCAGCAUUUCAGGGCCGGAAAAGCCCCCAGAACCUGAACCUAAGUCGUGGACUUAUGGAGAACCACGGGGCCGAGGGCGAUCGAUUACCGCUCCAUGCGUCUCAGAGCUCCUCGGACAUUCGGCGGCUGUGUAACGGGAAGCCGUUCCGUUCAGGACGCAGCAGCAGCAGCAGCUCAGCUCCUCCACUGCCCCCAAAACCAAGUGCAAAGGCUUUAGGAAUCUCUGACAACACGAAAUGUCCGGCUGAAACAGAACUAGAAGCUCGACGACCCUCACUGCAUCGCUCCAAAUCGGACUUGAGCGACCGCUUGGCUCGGUCUGGCGCAGAUGCAGAGAGGUUCUUCAACUACUGCGGUCUGGAACCGGACGAGCUCGAGGGUUUCGUCGAAGGCUUCGGACGCGCCAGCUCCGAUAUCGUAUCACUGAACUUCCGUAGCGCCAGCAUGAUCAGCUCAGACUGCGGCCGCUCGCGACACACCGACGACAACGACGACCUUUCCAACGAAGACGAGGAUGAGGAGGAGCGAGUCCCCUACGGGAUCUCUGCUGUCGAGCGCAACGCUCGCGUCAUCAAGUGGCUCUACAGCAUCAAGCAGGCGCGAGAAUCUCAGAAAGUCUCGCACGUUUGAGGUUUUCAGAGACCAUGAACAACAAGCCUGUGGCUUAUCUCACUUCUAACGAUCAAGUGCACUGUCUCCCUCUUUAUCUUUAAGGACUGACUGGAGAAACAAAGCCGUUUGGUUUUCUUUAUAGGUUUACAGCUUUUAUUUUUUUCAUUUUUUAGUCGCUUUUCAUGUCUUCAGAUCCUGCAUGACCUCUUCACACUUCACAAAUUCCCUGACCCCCAGGCUCGUCACGUGUCCGUUAAAAGAUGGCGUUUUACCGAACAGCUGCGACUCCGAGUGCAUUUAUCCUUCUGUUCUUUCCGCCUCUGUACGUUCUCCGUCUGUGUUCAACGCACUGAGCCAGGAAGCCAUAUGAGAAUGAAUGCAGAGCAUCAGUGUCUUUAGAUGUCUUUCCUCCUUUUGUUUUCUUGUUUUAAAUCUGUGUGUUUGUGUGUGUUGCAGAAGCAUGUCUGAUCCAGAAACCUCUUUUUAAAAAUAAUAACGGCUUCCAUCAGGACGGUUUACGCACCACCUCGUGUAGUUUGGUUUGUCGUCCAUUCCGCUCUGGUUGCGAUGGUACUUUAUGGUUUUGAUGCGUGUACAUUCUGUAAGAUUGUGUAUAUAAUUUUGAAUUUCUUGUCUAAAGAAAAAAGUAAAACAAACGAAACAAAAAAACCCCUGGUGUUGUGUGAUGAAGAUCCUGCUGUGCUGUUCCAUCCUGUAGCUCUCGCUUUGCUCUGGCUUUUCCUCAGUUGUUUGUUUGUUUGUUUUUAUUCGCAUCAACUCUGUACAUCACUGUUCUUAUAACACCAUGUUUUAAAUGUGAGCUAAUUAUUCGACCUGGAGUUGUUCCUCAAAGACUUAGUUCUUUUUAAUGAUUUCAAUAAAUGGCUCGUUUGCCAUCUUUUACCAUCA